GGAUUCAAUUCAAACGGUAUUGCGAUAUUAGUGCAGACAAGCUUCAGUGAAUCUGGUGCGAUGUUCUUCCCCAAACUGAGGGCGUGUUGGGGAGGCGCAACCAUUGCUCCGACGGCCGAGACGUCCGCGGCGGGGCCCUCGCGGCGGCAGCAACAGCAACCGGACGAGGCCGAUAGCAUCCCGCCGAGGAGAAGUACGGGGAGCGUCAAUAAUGCUAAGAGAGCAGCGAAUUGGAAACCCAAGCUCCGGAUGAUCGCCGAAGACGGCGUGAUUGGUGGCGAUAUGGAACGAACUUCCGGCACCGCCACCGGCGGCGGCGGUGUACGGACGGUUCCGGCUUCAGUUAAAAAACCGCCGGUGAAAGCCAAACCGAAAUCUACGGGAACGGUUUCAGGAGCAUCCAAACACACCGACUAUUACCGGAAAUGUUCGCGUCCAAUCCCAAUUCCGGCAUUCUCUCCGGCGCCUUUCUUAAUUUAAAGUUUUGAUGCUGCUCUUAGUUAUCCACUUCUUUUGUACGUAAAACCGAAUAUUAUUCUGUAAUUAUUUGUCUUGCUAAUUACAUGUCUACCGUUUUUGAACAAAAUUUUGAAUGUCUAUUGUAUAAUAAUGUAUUGAUCAUCCAAAAUUAUUUCUUGCUUUUGGUUU